ACAUUCAACACAGAGUAAAAGGGCUAAAUUAUGUUUCAGACCUUUCGCAAUUCUCUCAUAAAUUUAGCUUUAUGCCCUCAAAGCUGUUUAAAGGCAGACGAUCGUCUUCCAAAUACAUUCAGUUAAUAAAGUGCCUUCGAAGAGAGCGGACAAAAUGAUUCCAUCAGCGUUAAGAAGUUCAUUCUGUGCUUAUCAAGUGAGGUGUUUCUCUGCUGUCGCAGAAAGAGCGCCAGUUCUGAAUUCAGUUGAUCAUGACGCGAUCGAGGACAAUUGGAAUAUGGCAAAGUCCUACGAAAGCAUCCCUGGACCGUCGACUUUCAACAUGUUCAGGAGUUUUAUGCCUGGAGGAAGAUUUCACAAUGCAAAUUUCUCCUUCUUGCACGACACGCUGAGGCAGGAGUAUGGGCCAAUAUAUAAAUUGAAAGGAGCUUUUGGGAAGCGUGAUAUGGUGUGCGUGAGUGAUCCGAAGGAUUUUGCCACAAUUUAUCGAACUGAAGGCAAAUUCCCGCUCAGGAGGAGCUUCGAAUCAGUAAUGCACUAUCGAAUGGUGGAGAAUAAGCACAAAUUCCCCGUGACAAUGGGCUUACUCAGUGAACAAGGCGAAGGAUGGUCGGAUUUCCGAAGCAAAGUCAACAGCGUGAUGAUGAAGCCUCAAGUGAGCAAAGGAUACGUUUCAUACACUGACGAAGUGUCGAGUGACUUCGUGAGAAAGUUGCACAAAAUGAGAGAUUCCAACCAAGAGACGCCAGCAGAUCUGAUUUAUCAUCUCAACACGUGGGCUUUUGAGGGAAUCACUUAUGUAUCAGUGAACAUGCGAUUGAACCUGUUCUCUGGCAAAUCACACGUGAACACAGAUAAACUAAUGGGACUUUUGAAAGAAUUCUUUGUGUUAAUCUACGAGCUUGAUUUCCAACCGUCACUGUGGAAAAUUUACAAGACACCGAAAUUCUGUCGCAUGAUGGAAAUCAUUGACUAUAUGCAUAAAUUUAAUGGGAAACUCCUCGAGGAUGGCAUCGCGAAAAUCAGAGUGGAGAAGGAAAAGGGCAAUAGAACAAAAGAGAAGUGUAUCUUUGAGAAGUUAUAUGAGAUUGACAAGGAGAUUGCAAUGAUAAUGACUCUUGAUUCACUAAUGGGUGGAAUUGAUACUACAUCUACGAGCGCAUUUUGGGUAAUUUACAACAUAGCGCGGCAUCCGGAGAAGCAGAAUAUUCUGAGAGAGCAACUUUGUGAGUUUCUGCCUGAAAAGGAUACACCAUUGACACCGGAAAUCAUGAGCAAAUUACCAUACCUGAAGGCCACGAUUAAGGAAGCCUUGAGGGUGAACUCACUUACAGUGGGAAAUGUGAGAACGACUGGUCAGAACAUUGUUCUCAAAGGAUAUCAAAUCCCUGAAAAAACUGAUAUGUUUAUGCACUUGGCAGCCGUUCAUAUGGAUGAUCAUUACUUCCCGGAUGCGAAAUCCUUUCUUCCUGAGCGCUGGUUAAGAUCUUCCGCAAAGCACGAGAACUUCAAUCCCUUCACGUAUUUACCUUUCGGCUUUGGCAGUCGGAAUUGCGUUGGUCAGAGAGUGGCGGAACUGGAGAUUGAAUCCUUGGUGGCCAGAUUGGUGAGAAACUAUCAUGUCGAGUGGCCUGGUCCACCGCCUGUGAUCAAGUCACUACCAUUUAAUAUGCCUCAGGGAGACUUGAAGCUUCGUCUUCGAGAUGUCUAA